AUGGCGGGGAAGAUCUUUGGACGGACACCAGGGUCCCUCAGUGCCCCGAUAGCUGCCUUUUCGAUGGCCGUCAUCCUGUGCUCCUACUGCGUCAGUUCUAUAAACACCGCUCGCCGGGAAGCGCAGAUUCCCCCAGGGUCCGUUGAUACCCGCCACAAGCAGCCGACGUCAGACAAGGCGGGCACGCCCUCUUGGGUUCAAAAGGCACUCGAAGAAAGCCGCGAGGCAGAGAAGCGAGGUGGCUCCAAGUGACCUUGAGGGAACAGCUGUUCUGACUCUACCCGGACAUGUUGUUUGUUCUUCGCUAGGGAGAAAGGGCGCGUCUUCGGACUGGGUCUGGUGGUUCCUGGCGAACAAUUCUCUCAAGCAAUGGCGUUUCAUGGAAUAGAAACUUGACCGGGCGCUACGACUGCUCUCUGCGAGUGAUCCACGCCGAGCGGAGAUUGAUCCGUUAUCUCUGACUUUGGGACUCGUGCGCCGUGGGGUAAAAUGCUACUAGCCAAGCACCGGGAAAGCCAGAUGCUGUGGUUCAUCGGUCUCACUGUGCAAAGCACCACGUGUAGAUGGUCAAGUUGUCUACAUAUUGAAGACUGACUUUGACUAUCGAACCACGCACACAGUGCUGUAUUCAUGUCGCAUUAGCAAUCGCUAAAUGAAUUAGCCUAUUCAGAUGGAACAUUCUAUGAGGCUUCGACCAG